AUGUACGCCUUGAUGGUGGCUGCAGCUUGCACCUUCGGUUCCGGAGUCGCCCUCGUCCCGGUUCAGCGCCUGGCCUUGGACGAGCAGUGGCUAGUCAAUCCAGAGAAAAUUUCGGUUCCAGAAUUCCGACUCCGCGCCUUGCGCCCCGUGAGCGUCGACGGCCGUCCCCUGCUCUUCAGCUGCUCAGCGGCAACUGAUGAGCCGGCCAACAUCUCCUGGGACGUGUCCGCGGGCAGCAGCGUGGUAUCGGUGGCCUGGCGGACGGGUCUCUUCGGCGCCGUGGUGGUGGUGGACUCCCUGCUCAGCAUCAAGGCACCUAUGAGCGUUCGCAAUGCGAGCGUCGCCUGUAGGAUCACUCGGCCGGAUGGACGGCACGUAGCGCUCAAGGCGUCGUGCCCGCGUCUAAUUAAGGAGCUGGUGGUGACGGCGCAGACGUCCCUGGUGGGCAACGCGGAUAACCUGCGGCGGGCAGCUGCGUACGGCGAGAUGGGACACGAGUGCUUUAGCGAGCGCUGCAAGAGUCGCGGGGCAACCUGCAGGUAUUCCCUACUCGAUCGCUCGCUCCUGUGUGACUGCCCGACCAAGAAGUCCAUCUACGACCGCUUCUACGACGUUUGCCACAAGGGGCAGGCUCUGCACAGGGUGGCCCUGAUUUCGUCUGUGCUGAUCACACUCACGGGGGUGGUGCUGGCGAUGGCCAGCCUGUGCGGCAGUCUGCGCCAGCGGUGCUGCGAGGGAACGAGCACCGAGAAGGAUGCCUCUUUCAAGAUACCGGAGUGGGCCGAGCCGAACAGCUAUUACAUGUCCACGCGCUUCUGGGUCUCCGAGCAGCCGUACUUCGCGAUGGCCCACCGAGAAGCGAGGCGGCCUCCCAAGAAAUACUUCUCUUGGUAGCAGCGUCUACACCUCGGUUGGCCGUACCGCCUUGCUCUGACGCGUCCGGAGCAGCACACGAGGCUCGCGUCAGGUUUUGAAGAGCUUGCUGUUUUCGCCAAUUGAAACGUGAAUAAUACUGGUCAUAUUGCUUGUUACUCACAUCACAGCGACAUUCACAGUCUUGAUAUUUGCGCAGUUGUCAUUGGUUGAUGCAAAAGGACAUGCGUGGGAAUUCACUACGUAAGUCUAUCAUGAGUUCCAUGCAUUACGGAGGUCAAUAUCACUCCAGUGUCGAAUGACUCGUUCAAUCGGAUAACGGAGAUUUGUGCGUCACGAGAAAGGUCAGAAUGCUGUAAAACUAUUCAGCACGUUCAUUGAUGAAUUACUUGACAAUUAUCAAAUUACUUGCUAAGCUAGACCGCCUAUUUCUUUGGUAUCUUCUUUUUAUUUUCCUGAGCCCUCUAGCCUAAGCACAGCGUUGAAGUACACAUGCAGUUAGGCAACAACUCUUAAAACCGAGUUUUAGGGCUGCCAUAGUUAAUGUACAUUCAGUCUAACCAAGCACCGGCCUCGAUAGAAACACGUGGAGUGUUUCCUUUAGCAAGUUGCUGCUACUGCCUCUCUCUUCUAGGCCCACACAUCGUGCAUUUCAGCAAAAAUUCGCAUUUGCAGGCCAGUUAAGCAACGUCCAGUCAUUCUCUACUGUGUCAGCAGAUCUGCAGUAUGUGCAAUUCACUGAUGCUAUACCACAGUGGCAACGCGUAAUGGCUCGGAAUAGCCUGCUUUUUUUUUUUAAAGUACAGUCCGAUUAUUGUGUGUACUGACAACUUAUUAUGCUUUCUUUUGGCUACCGGUCGACGUUUAGUUUUGCAUUAAAUAUACAAGACACAUUUCGGACUGGGAAAGACAUUUAAUGUGGUUAUGAGGUAUAUUGUGAAGGUGAGAAAGCAUUCACAGGUGCUGCUUCAUACACAUCUCUAUGUACCGCGAGUUGUCACUUUUACAACAGUUCAAACAUAUACAUCUACGAUAGUUAAGGGAACUCUUCUUCGUAGAGGCUUUCGCGCCCCCUCACCACAUCUAUUUACACAGAAAGUACGAGGGUCUCAACAUAUGUGUAUCAACAUGCGCUAGUAAUCCAAUGUUACACAUGUCGUGGCUUCUCUGUUGAGCAAACCUUCUUGAACGCGUCUUCACCAGGACGGCAUGUACAAUCGUUGAAGGCAUCGAUGAGUACUCCAAAGUUAUAUGACUACUGGAAAUAAUGGUAAUAACAAGUUGACUACUAGUACGAGUAUAAAAGUCCUCUAUAUACAAGUGGCUCAAACCUCAGCCACUGUCGCUGCGGUCCGUGUCACUGACAAACCAUGGUCGGAUGAGACCCACGAGGCUGUCGACCGCAGUAGCUUGACUAGGAGGAGGACCGGGAAGUACCUCUGUGUAAAACAACACUGGAAAUGGGCAAGUUUUGAAGUCGGGCUUCGGUCCACG